CCUGCAAGCAUAGCUAAAUCAUUUUAAACUUUGAUUUCUGCUGAUUCUAAAUAGCAAUCUCUUUGUAACAUCUAGAGUGGAGCUACAAUUGAGAAGACUGGUUACCAUAUCGAAAUGUUGCUUAAGACACUUUUCAUCUGUGCUCUGCUUAUACUUGGUCAUGCCAGUGAAAAAAAACAAGGGAAAAAGGGAAAAGGUGAUUCUGCCUGUACCAAAAUAGGAGGCAUAUGUCAACGUACCACAUAUUUAUGCCCAGGAAGAUAUUUACAGGGUAAAUGUGGAGGGCCUUCUGCACGGCAAUGCUGCUUACAAGAUUCAGGAGCAUGGGACAGCCUGUGUGCUGGUCAGGUUUCCAAUAGAGUGAGAGGCUGUGAUAAAUUUGGCUGCGGAGGAUUCAACGCUAAGAGGGGUAGUCAGAUCCAUAAAGGCGUUGACGUGGUGUGUGACGAUUACUCCAUCGUGUAUGCUCCCUUCACUGGAACUCUAAUGGGACAGGCACAGCCCUAUGGGGAUGCAAGCACUGUUGAUGAUGGUGUUAAACUCUCUAACUCAGCUUACUGUGUGAAGAUCUUCCAUAUCCGCCCCUACCGGUACAGUGGACCAAUCUCGAAAGGCGACAAACUGGGAUACCUGCUCCCAAUGCAGGAACAAUAUUCGGGUGUCACCUCUCACCUUCAUCUCCAAAUGUGUGACAAGUCUGACCCCUCUCCUUACAUUUAAACAGACGUGUCGGCUACGGUGAAUGAACGCCGCAUUCUAUGCCUGUUCUUGGUUCUCUUUCUAGAUGUUACUUUGCUAUAGCGUUUCAGAACCUUUAAAACACAAUGCUUCUAUUACGAUCAUCACCUGCAUUAUAAGCUAUACGCCAAUAAAUGCUUGUUAAUGUA